GGAGAGUCGCGAAACAGCACGAUGCGACCCUUGAGCUUGCUAGCGGCGCUUUUCGCAGUGCUGCUGUGUGCACGUAGCGUGCAGGGCAGGCGUUCCGCCAUUCGUCUCCCGCGGGACGUGAGUGGAACGGGUCGCUACAUCGCCGUUUUCAAGGACGACACGAGCCACGAAAGGCUUCUAGAAAUAGUUGAAUUGUUAAAAACAUCAGAAGGAUGUGUGGUCCAUUUACACAUGGAAGUAGCGCUGAAAGCAAUCGUAUUGAAUCUGUCGGACGAUGCUCUGCAAAUGGUCCUCAAGUUUCCAGAAACGGCAUACGUGGAGGAAGAGGGAAUUUCGUACGCUGCAAAUUCCGGCGAUGGUGAAGGCGAAGACAGGGGCCUGUGGUACCAACACCGCAUCGAUCAGCUACCGGGAGACGGCCGCGGGGUUGACGUAUACAUUCUGGACAGUGGCAUCAGGUUCCAGCAUCGAGAGUUCGGACGAAGAGCUAAGUACGGAGGGUAUGAUGCGGUAGACCAGUAUGAAUAUCUGCAGGGAACUAAGGGCUAUGUCCCCUUACGCGGAAAAGACUGCCACGGGCACGGUACAGCUGUAGCUAGUUUGGUGGGUGGUAUAACCUUCGGUAAGGCUACGGAAUCAAAUCUUUUCAGCGUUCGCGUGCUGCGGUGUGACACUACUGCACCGUGGAGUAUAGUGCUGGACGGACUGGAUUAUAUUGCCGAGAUAAUCCCCAAACGUGGUCAGAAUGCAGUUGUCGUACUAGCUCUUUCUGGCAGCAACCUAAACUCCAUGAACGAGGCAAUAAAUAACCUGAACGGGCUGGGUGUUCUUGUGGUGGCGGCUGCAGGUAAUGAUGGAACCGAUGCUUGUCAAACAUCUCCAGCCAGCUCGCCUAAUGUCAUCACGGUAGGGUCCACUGACAGGCAAGACAACAUAGCCUCUUUUUCAAACUAUGGACCCUGUGUGGAUCUGUUUGCCCCUGGGGAGGAUAUCCUAGCUGCCAACAAUGAGUGCGACUCUUGCACUGGUACAAUGAGUGGUACCACUCUGUCGGCUGCCCUGACUGCUGGACUGGUGGCUGCAUAUACCUCACAAAUUCAUUUCACUCCUGCACUAAUGAAGGAGAGGAUUGUCUAUCAAUGUCUCCUAAAUGCCAUCAACUUUACUUCUCUCCCACCUAAUGCUCAAGAACAGACUCCUAACCGCCUAUUAAAGAGGGGAUGUGGUGGUGAAAUAAUAGUGUACCUCGAUGAACAAGGAGUCCUCAACUCUCCUGAAUUCCCGCAAGACUACCUCAGUAACUUGAGGUGUAAGUGGAAGUUAGUAGCUGAGAGAGACUGUGACUAUAUUGAGAUUGACUUCACCCAUAUAACACUUGAAGAAUACUAUGAUACUCUUACUGUCUGUCUCAAAGAUUCUUGUAGGGAAGAUGAGAAAAUAGUGCUGACCGGUGACUAUGGUUUACCAGACUGUUUGCUCCAGUCUGAGGGGCAGAAUAUGACCAUUGAAAUGUUUACAGACGGUUCCAAACAGGCCCCAGGAUUCAGGGCUACUCAUAUCGCCAUAGAUGGAACCAGAAAAUCAUUGAACAAAUGCACCCCUGUUAGUGACUCUUCAAUACUGCUGGAAGCUUUCAGUGCCGCAAAUAGUGUUGGAGGACGAUUUUGGAUGCAGAAAAGUUGGAAUGAGUUUUUUGCCGGCAGAAAAUAUGGUAUCAAUGUAGCUGUUAUAGAUGAAGUUAAUGGCUCAGUGAUAGCAACAGAAAACUUCAACCAGGCUAAGGGUCAAUCCAACACGCUGGGUAUCUUUAUUGAAAAAUUACCAGCUGGAAGAAUUGUUUGUGUGGCAAUCAGUGACGAUGGGAUCUAUCAGUUAAAUGACUAUGCGAAAAGACAACUUAGGUGGCUAGGAUCCAGCAGAAUAAACUAUUUGACUCGUUCAGACUCCUGGGCACUAAUUGGAGUGAAGGGUAGCCAUGUGCCUCAUCAACAAGCAAUCGAAAUGUCAGGAACAUCUUCAGCGCAGGUCUCCGCUCGAGUACAUCUGAAGUCAUCCUAUCAGCAAUUUUUUGAAAUAACAGCAGAGUCUGCUGGACUGCGGUCCGACAACUAUGCCACCAUUACUCUCAAUGGUACGGUAGUUGAUAUACCAUACGUCGGGCAUGAUCGUGGUAUGCAUGUCAUGGUAGUGAACGAGGUCACUGGUAAGAUAGUCCAUAGACAAGUGUUUGACACUUCAGCCGAGAGCGGAGCUUUCUCUUCCUCGCAUCAGUUUGUAGAACUGAUCCAGGCCCUUCCAGAGGGUAGGUUGGUGGCUAUUGCUAUAAAAGAAGAAGCAAUGGCGCACAUGUCGGAUGCUGCUAAACAAGCCUGCGAAAGCAUUGGGAGUGCGCUCAUACAGCAAGUACAACCUGGAAAUUCCUGGGCAAUAGUUGGUAGAAAGGGGGCUAGAAAUGGGUCCGUGCCAGAAGCAAUGAAAUACUCUGAAAAUUCAAGGGCUAAAUAUGUUCCUGUUAAGACAGAUGAAGAAGGUAUCUUGUGCCCUAUUCUUCUGCAGUCUUCUGAAAAUAAUGGAGUUGGAAGUAGUAUAAUUGUUAAUGAAACCAGGAUAAGUCAUGUUUCUUCAACAACAAGCGGAAAUUUAGCUGUUCUUGUGAAGCUCGAUGAAUGUGCAGUGGAGAAAAAUAUUUCUUUCAUUUCCUCGAAUGACUUUUUCAAUUUCAUUAAGCCCAUUCCACCUGGUAGAACGGUUGUUGUAAAUUGGGCAUAUGGUCACGGUCUAAACGAGCAUGGUACUGCAGCUCUUGAGGCCAUUGGAAGUGCCAGAAUACGUGGUUUGGCUUUUGGAAAAGCAUGGGGAAUCAUCGGAAAGAAAGGUGUUAGCACAGGCACGAUCGUGGAAGACUCAUCCUAUACCAACCGAGGGAAGGCUCUUGGAACUGCUGUCAAAAUAGGAAAGUUACCGGGCUCUGUGACUGUGCAGUCUGCUGGUUCCAGCACUGGUGACUAUGGCAAUAUAAUAGUUAAUGGUACUAUCUUUACCAUGUCUCCACUAUAUGAGUGUGGUCUCAAUGUUGUUGUGUUUGAAGGGGACACCAUGAAGAUUCGCAGUGUUCACACAUUCAAUAUGACUGCAUCUAACACUUCUCAGGACAUUGAGGAGUUUGUCAAACUGACUACAAGGCUACCCAACGACACAGUUGUGGCUUUGGCUAGUAAUAAUGCAGGAGAUCUUAACAAAACUGAAGAAGUUCGGGUGGCAAUUGAAGACCUGGGCAGCAAGUACAUCCAUCAAACUACUGAAGGUGGCUGCUGGGCACUGCUAGGUCGAAAGGUGCAUCAAGGGGCGAAGUCCCAGAAGCAGUCAGCAAUCAUGGUCCAGUGGAGAUUGUUUCCCAUGCUAUGCCUACACCUUCAAAGGACUGCAGUAUCUUCAUAGAAACUACAGGAACAGGAGAAGGUGGAGGCCUGAAAGUUAACAUCAAUGGGCACUACAAUGAGAGUCUAACAUCUUCUGAAGGGGUAACUAUAGCUAUUGUAAAAGAAGAAAGCUGUGAACUUGAAUUCAUUGCUACCUACCACAAUACAAGGUACAACAAAUACAGCAGUGCACUGCUUUCCUUGAUAAGUAAGCUACCUAUGGGAAGAACUGUUUUCGCAUCAAUAUAUGCUUCAAGUGGUUACCGUCGGUAUAGCUAUUCCGAAAGUUUGAAGAUUGCUAUGGAAUUGAUUGGAAGCUCUCAAAUUCGGGGGGCACUUUAUCGUGACACCUGGGCCAUAAUUGGACGUAAAGGAGCACCAAUGGGCUCAGUUCCGAAUCUCUAAUGACGUAUACUGGAGGUGUCAGCCACCCUGUUGUUUCAUUGAGUGGCAAUAUAAAAAUCGAGAAAGAUAAGCUUACAUUUUGUGAAAACAAGCUGUAUCCACUGGACUGUCUUAAAUAGAGUGUGCAAAACGAGACUGAAAAGUAUAAUAUAUUGCCAAAGAGUGUGAGAUGUAGUAUAAUUUUGGAACUCUUUAUUUUGUUGUGUACAAAGGUGGCUACAUUGUAUACUUAGUGGACUGUAUAUUAUUAUUCUUCUUGACCGUGUGGUGCUACCCAGCCUUGCACGUGCACUAUGCUAUGUUCCACCAACUGCUACACUACAUAACAAUUGUGAGGUAUGGAGUAAUGCACACAAUAGGUCACUGACUUGCACAUGCACAACACACCGCGCCCCGCUGCUUGUCUGGGUAAUCGGUGGCCUCAUCGAAUUACUGAACAAAGCAACACGAUUGUUCUACAAAUCUGCAGAGGUAUCACUUGCACCCUCCAGGCUCCCAGCCCUUUCAACAGCUUUGCACAGUUCUUGCAAAAGACACUUGACUUAUAAGAUUAUCGUAUUAAUGCACCCUUUCUCCUUUCAUUGGGAUGAAAAUAAAGAAUUUCUUAUAGUACAGUGCAUUAAACAUAAUAAUAUGCCACACAGAACAUAACACAAUGAACAAUAAUGAUGAA